GGUCUCAUCACAACAUCAUCGGGGCGUUUCAGGCAACGCUCAGACACACAGCAGCAGUUCCUCCUCUUAUCUUGGAAUUGGUCCUCUCUGAAGGGGACAACAGCUCCUUUCCGUACAGAUGACAUGAAAUGUUGAUGUGGUAAAAAAUGAACAAACCCAAAAUGGCCACAGAGAAAGGUGUUCCCAGUACCUCCAGGGUCCUGAUGCUCCUGGGCCAGCUGGAGAGGAUGAAUGGAGAGGCCAUGGUGAGGGAUGUCGAAAUGGCAAGACAGGUCACUGCAAAGAUACUUCAUCUCAUACAGACGCAGGAGAAGAGUGGAAAAGAGGUGAUGUCCAAAGGCUCCAGUGGCAUGGAGGUCAUCCUGGCUUCACUGGAGAACACCCGGGAUGUCCAGACCACUCUGAACAUUUUGUACAUUCUCAGUGAGCUGCUGACUGUGGGCAGAGGUCGUAGGGUGGGAGUAUUUGUGUCUAAAGGAGGAACGGGGAUAUUGUUCCAGAUUUUGAUCACUGCCAGUAAAGAGUUGCCUCCGAGUGAGGAACUCAUGCUGCAACUUCACUCACUGCUGGCCAAGGUUGGCCCAAAAGACAGAAAGUUUGGGGUGAAGGCACGUUUGAGCGGAGCUCUGAACGUCACCGUCAACUUAAUGAAACAGAACAUACAGAACAUCAAACUGCUUCUGCCCUGUCUGCAGGUGCUCAGAGUUUACUCUACCAACUCGGUGAAUGCUAUUUCUUUGGGAAAGAACGGAGUGGUGGAACUCAUGUUCAAGAUCGUUGCGCCGUACAGCAAAAAGAACACCAGCCUGCUCAAGGUAGCUCUGGACGCACUGGGAGCACUGCUCAAAUCCAAAACUAAUGCCCGCCGUGCAGUGGAUGGUGGACAUGUGCCUAUCUUGCUAGCUGUCUACCUGGACUGGCACCGCAAUGACACGCGUCAUCGCCACAUGCUGAUUCGCAAAGGGCUGCUCGUCUGCCUCAGGAACAUCACCAACAUCAAGCUUGGCCGGAAAGCAUUUGUAGAGGCUGAUGGCAUGAGGGUCCUCUACAACUCAUCCACUGAGUGUCUCCCAGUCCGGACUCUGGAUCCUCUGAUCAACACUUCCAGUCUCAUCAUGAGGAAGUGUUUUCCUAAGAACCGUCUGCCUCUGCCCACCAUCAAAUCGGCCUUCCACUAUCAGCUGCCACAUGUCCCCGCUGUAGGGCCUGUGGCACAGCUGUACAGCCAGCCACCUGGGGUGGAUGACGUUGUGGACGAAAGUGACGAUAACGAGGAGACAGACGCAGACACAGAGAACGAUACUGAGAACGAAGAGGAUGAGAAGGAUCAGCGCUCUGCGAAUGACGACAUAGAGACGGACCUAAACAAGCUACAUCCCAAAAAGAACCCUGGACGUCCUUUUGAGGAGUUGAGAGUCUAUGAGAGGUUCUUCUUGGAGCUUUCUGAAGACUUCCAGGGUUAUAACUUUGAAUGCUCAAAGAGUGCCUCUACCACAUCUUCAUCGUCAUCCUUCUCCUUAUCAUCAGCCUCAAGUCAAUCCACUCGGCCAAUCAUAGUGCCCACAGCUCAAGCCCUGUCCCCAAAGCACGUCUCCGUACCGAGCUCUCAGGAGGAUUGCAACCCCACCAAAGGAAAACACACGCUGCCGUCUCCUUCUGCGACCACUCCUACUCCUCCUGCUCCCCUAACGCCUCUAGAACUGGACACCAUCCACCUCACCAAGGACCAAGACAAAAAAGAGGAGGGCCACAUUCCUUCCCCCGACACACGUACAACAUUGUCCUCGCUCACCAGGCCUCCUUCUCAAGGGCAGAUGAUACAACAGGAAUUAGCACAUGUGCUGGAGUGUGUCUCUCUAGAAGAGGAGGGGGUCCUAAAGGCAGAGGAAGCAGGAGGAAGGGGAGUAAAACAAGAAGAAGGAUCCCCAGUCAAUGCCACAAGACACAUACAGUCCCCCCUGCUCUUGGGGGGUAUCGCUACGCGUCGUGUGGGUGGAGGAGGCAGUAACUGGGGUUCGGAUUGUGGCUCAGAGGGCACGGAGGAUGAGGGAGGGGAAGGAGCAGUUCUGGAGGUGCCAGACACGGCUCUGCUCCUACCGAUGCAUGACCCUGACCUUUACGUGGAGAUGGUGAAGGGAACAAACUCUGUACCCCAGUACGCUGAAGUGGCUUACCCCGACUACUUUGGCCAUGUAGCCCCAACAUUUAGGGAACCUCUUGUGGAGAGAGUUUAUGGCGUCCAGAGGUCUAAGAUAUUCCAGGACAUUGAGAGGUUGAUUCAUCCUAAUGAUAUCCUGGAUAAAGUAGUUUACGAUCUCGACAUCCCCAGUUGUCCUGUAAUUGAAGACAGUGGCGAAUCCCUGAAGUUUAACUCUCAGUUUGAGUCUGGCAACCUCAGGAAGGCAGUUCAAGUUAGGAAAUAUGAGUAUGACCUUGUGCUGAAUUCAGACAUCAACAGUAAUCACUACCACCAGUGGUUCUACUUUGAGGUGAGCGGCAUGCGUGUUGGAAGUACCUACCGCUUCAACAUCAUCAACUGUGAGAAGUCAAACAGCCAGUUCAACUACGGCAUGCAGGUGCUCAUGUACUCUGUGCAAGAGGCGAUCAGUGGCAGGCCUCGCUGGGUCAGAACAGGAACAGACAUCUGUUACUACAAGAAUCAUUUCGCGAGGAGUUCCAUCGCAGCUGGUGGUCAGAAAGGAAAAUCCUAUUAUACAAUGACUUUCAGCACAAACUUCAGCCACAAGGAUGAUGUCUGCUACUUUGCCUAUCAUUACCCUUAUACAUACUCCACUCUGAAGAUGCACCUGUCCAAACUGGAGGCUUUGAGGACCCCUCAGAUCUACCUGAGACAGGAUGUCCUGUGUGAAACCCUGGGGGGAAAUGGCUGCCCCCUUCUCACCAUCACUGCCAUGCCGGAGUCCAACUCCAAUGAUCACAUCUGUCAGUUUAGGAAUCGUCCAUUGAUCUUCCUGUCGGCCAGAGUGCACCCUGGAGAGACCAACGCCAGCUGGGUAAUGAAGGGCACGCUGGAGUUUCUGAUGGGCACCAGCCCGCUAGCAGCCAGCCUGAGAGAGGCCUACAUCUUCAAGAUAGUCCCCAUGCUCAACCCUGAUGGAGUUAUAAAUGGAAAUCAUCGUUGUUCUCUGAGUGGAGAGGAUUUGAAUCGCCAGUGGCAGAACCCCAAUCCUGAGCUCCACCCCACCAUCUACCACACUAAGAGCCUGCUGCAGUACCUUGCACACAUACAGAGGGCACCACUGGUGUUUUGUGACUACCACGGCCAUUCCCGGAAGAAAAAUGUGUUCAUGUACGGUUGCAGCGUGAAGGAGACAGUCUGGCAGUCCAAUAUCAGCGCUACGUCCAGUGACUUACAAGAGGACCUUGGAUACAGGGCACUUCCUAAGAUCUUGUCCCAGAUUGCCCCAGCCUUCAGCAUGGCAAGCUGUAGUUUUGUUGUGGAGCGCUCCAAAGAGUCAACCGCCCGCGUUGUUGUAUGGAGAGAGAUUGGAGUGCAACGCAGCUACACCAUGGAGAGCACGCUCUGUGGUUGUGACCAGGGCAAAUAUAAAGGUCUUCAGAUCGGUACCAGAGAGCUGGAGGAGAUGGGAGCUCAGUUCUGCGUGGCCCUGCUGAGGCUGAAGAGGCUGACGGGGCUCCGCAACCACCAACACCUGCUGGAUUUGGAGAGCGAUAUCAUCGGGACACAGUCUAAAGUGGUCAGCAGCAGCCCCACCACCUAUGUGAUGGAAGAGGACGAGCCGUCCUUUCUGGAGGCGAUAGACUACAGCGCGGAGAGCAACGAUGAGGACGCUGAGCCUGAAAACGAGCACGGCAUCGAAGUCCAUGAGAAUCCCGAGCACCACGAUCACCUGUCGGACUCCGAGACAAAUCACAGGGACUAACGCUGAGGUCUUUAUCUCCAAUAUACCUGACAGUCUGAGCUUAAAACCAGCCAUUGCUUGGAUUGUUAACUGAUUAAAUUAAAGAUUUCACAGGUAAAAUAGUCAGAACCCACCAUUUUCACCUUGACUGGUGAAUAAAUAUCUUAGAUUUACACCUGACCUUAUUAUCUAGACACUUAAUCAUGGUACGUAGGCUACAUUGGCACCAUUCAGGUGCUGCGUUGAUCGUGAAGGUGCGUACACUACCUGCCUUUCACUGCAGACAGGAUGCAUUACAGUGAAUGUUUUCACCUUCCACCGUCAUACUAUAACCUUCAUGAACCGUAACCCCUGACCUCAGACACCAUAUAGCCUCUGAGAUUCGCAUAUAGCUAGCCAGAGCAGCAAACAGCAGGCACCGCCGAUCCUUAACUUGAACCCUUGUCCACUCGCUCAUUUUUCACAGCCGAUCUUACACUGAAGCUACCUGACAAGGCUGUGGUAGUGUAAUAGAGCCAGUGGCUUCUCUAGGUACUGUUUUUGAAACCCCUCUCACCUAUGACCCUGUGUUUUGAAUGAAACACUCCUGGUGAUUGUGGUGAAACUGGAUCUCCCCCACUGACCAGCUUAAAGAUCCAACCGACCUGCCUUCUUAUUUCCCUUCUUCCUUUCUAUAGUCUCACCCUGCACUUUAACUUUUUACUUCUUCCUUUUGUCAGUUUCCUUUCCUCGCUUGUCUCCCGUCCUCCGUUCUUUUUUUUCUCUUCUGACAAGCCAAGGUGUCUACAUGGGAUGCACGGAUGAUCAAACAGCUAUGCAUAUCAUAACUUAGCUGCAGGUUGUCUCACGUAGAAAGCGUCUCAUGUAGAAAAAAAAACCUACUCAAAUGUAGCUACACUUGAGUUGUGACCUCACUUCCUCUUUCCCCCCACCCCCCUUCGGCCACAGUGCAUGUGGUCCGAUCGUCCAUGUGCUGUUUGCCUUGCUUUAUCCAAAUCUGUAACUAUAUCAUUCAAAUGUAGAAUGUUCACGUCUUUAUCAAGACAAACCUUGUACAAUACAAAUACAAACGCAAAUAUAAUCACACACCACAAACUAACUAACACAGGUUUGCGUUGAGUUUCUUGGUCAGCAGUAAAAACGUGAAGAUGGAAUGUAAAAUAUCCACAUGCACUGUUGGUGAUUUCAUUGUUUUUAACAAUAGACAGUAUUAUAGUGUUAGACAAAGCAGUAAUGAACAAGACGCAUGAGCUGCAGAGAGCAGAAAAAACUUUUUUUUCACUUUGGAUAUACUCGCAAAACAAAGAGUGAAACAUCACUUUACAACAUGUCACUGUUUGAAAAGCUCAACUUCAGUCACCUCAUUAGUUUGAAGUUCUCAGAGUUCAGCCCCAAAGCUGGUGAUAAUGUCGCUGUGAUGUUUUAGAAAAUUAUACUGGAAUUUUGUUUCCUUUUUAUUCUCUCCUCCAAUCUGUGUGUACAUUUCACGGAUUUGCUUAGGAGAGACCCAUGCAUAACAGAUGGUGCUUUGUGUUGAGAGAAUAAAGUAGUUUGUUGCAUUAUUUGUUUGUUUAUGGAGAUGAGGUACAUUUCUGUUGCAUUUGUACAGCUAGCGCAUGGCUAUUUUCUGUUUUUAUUUUGUAAUUUAUUAAGUAUUGUUUCUGGGAACCUGUAUGUAUGUAUAUGAGGCAUUUUGAGUGUGUGUGCGUGUGCGCAGGAGUUUAAGUUAUUCCAUUAUUUAGAUCAACUGAUACUCUUACAGUGUAUUUUUUCUUUCAAUUUGAUUACCCCCUCUCACUCUCCUCCUUCCCUUUAACUUCCUUCAUUCCCUCAUUUCCCAUCUUUCUCUUGGUUAUUUUCGUUCAAAUGUUACUCAUGGACAUCUUAAAAACCCAGGGAGGUCCUUGUUCUCUCUGUGUGUGUGUGUGUGUGUGUGUGUGUGUGUGUGUGUGUGUGUGUGUGUGUGUGUGUGUGUGUGUGUGUGUGUGUGUGUGUGUGUGUGUGUGUGUGUGUGUGUGUGUGUGUGUGUGUGUGUGUGUGUGUGUGAGAGAGUGUGCAUGAUGUGACAUAAAGUCGGUACCCUCUGAGAACUGUGUGCUGUUAUAUGUGUUUGUCGUUAGCAGUUUAUGUCGACACGAUGCUGGGCUACUUUUGCUUUAUUUGUUUGUUGGGAGGUAAACAAGCAGAAAGAGCAACUCAUUUUAAGUUGAUUGUAACACAGAAAACUGAAGCUAAGAGUGAACAUGGACAAUAAAAUGUGAAUGUGGUAAA